AUGGCACUAGACAUUACCCCAGCAGUCCUAGCAUACGUUCCUCCUGAUCCACCUCUGGAGCAGUUCGAGCCAGCACGAGACCGAGCGUUCUUCGCAGAUCCAACUAAAGCAUCAUUGUUAUCCCAAGCAUCCAGUAUCGAAGCCUUGACACCUUAUAUCGGAACCGAGCUUAAGGGAGUCCAAGUCAGCCAGUUGACAGAUGCCCAGAAAGAUGAGCUAGCUUUGUUAGUUGCUGAAAGAGGUGUCGUGUUCUUCAGAGACCAGGACAUCACGUUGGAGCAGCAACAUGCACUUGCGGCUCAUUACGGGAAACAAGACCGAGAUCCCAGCCAGCAAGAUCCACGACAUGUCACUAUUCUUGGACACGAUUUCAACAUCCGCGCAAAGGAUAGAAACGUAGCAGCGUACCAUGGUGACCAUUCUUUUGAAGUGAACCCACCUUCUUAUACCCUUUUGAGGAUGUUACGAACUCCUGAAACGGGUGGAGAUACUAUCUUUACCAGCCAGGUUGCGCUCUUCGACAAGUUGAGUCCGACGUUCCAGAAGGCUUUUGAGGGGUUUUUUGGUAUCCACAGCUCCGAAAAAUACUACUUGAAUUCCAUCAACGGGGGUGGAAAACCGCGGCGAGCGCCCAUCAUUACUGAGCAUCCCUUGGUUCGCACCCAUCCUGUAACCCAUCUGAAAUCACUCAACUACAACCCACUUUUUGUCACUGGAGUCAAGGGUCUCAACGACAGAGAAUCAUUCCACACUCUCAACUUCCUGUACGACCACCUCCACUCCGCUGACGACCUCACGGUCCGAUGGAAGUGGACUCCAGACAGUAUCGCAUUCUGGGACAAUCGAGUCGUGGUGCACAGAGCAGUUCCGGGAGGCUACGAGCCGAGUAGCAGGGAAGGGAAGAGGACCGCUAUCUUCGGAGAGAGACCGUUCUUUGAUCCAUCUAUCAGUGAGAGCUGGAGUGAGAGGAAGGAACGAUUGAAGAAGGAGAAGUUGAGCAUCGAGUCGAAUUCAGAAUAUGCUGUCAAGACGAAUGGGCAUUUGGAGAAUGGAACUCGGCUAGAUGAGCCUGAACUUAACUUCUCGAAGCUGAAUGUAGUUUGA